GCGCAGAAUUCAAGAUAGAAUAUGGAUGAUUCACCUGGCGAUGAGCAUAUUGCGUUCAUGCAAUGGGCUGAGGCGUCGGGGAUCAAAAUAAAGGGCGUCACCCCGGCACGAUUCCCCGGCCGACGGUUGGGGAUGAAGGCGACGCGAACAAUAAAAAACAAUGAGAUCAUGCUCACCAUUCCUGUGGAUUUAAUGCUGACUAUCGACUCUAUCCCAUCAUCAUUCACAUCGCAAUUUCCUGCUGGGACAUCAAUACAUGGGAUAAUGGCUGCUUUUCUCACACACGGCGAUCCAGCUCUUCUGAAGAAUUUAGAUGCUUGGCGGAGAGUAUGGCCCUCGUUUGAUGAGUUUGAAGAUAGCAUGCCGGUCCUUUGGCCCGCGCAUCUUCGGGUAUCGAAUUCGAGCUACGAAGCCAACGCCAACCCUUCCUCAGCAGAAAAACAAGAUCAAGAUCAAGAUAAGGGGAAAGUCCUCCUCCCACCCUCCAUCUCUGGAGAAUGGAACACCUUCUCCAAAGUUCCGGUAGGCGUAGACUACGACACACGAUAUCAAAACCUACUCAGCCAACAAGAAAAGCGCCUGAAAGAUGCCUGGGCGAAUGUCUUGAAAGUGUACCCGGAGACUGAGUGGAAGACGUUCGCUUAUUACUGGUGCAUUAUCAAUUCGAGGAGCUUUUAUUAUGUCUCUCCUGGGAAAGACGAGCCAGAGGAUUGGAAUGAUGCGAUUGGAAUGGUGCCGUUUGCGGAUUACUGUAAUCAUGUUGAUGAUGCGGCAUGCGAUGUCAAUUUUGACGGAAAGAAGUAUACUUUCCGAGCAACGCGGCGAUACGAGAAGGGCGAAGAGGUCUACAUGAGCUAUGGCAACCACUCGAACGACUUUCUUCUAGUUGAAUAUGGCUUCACCCUCCCCACCAACCCAUCCGACAGCAUCUACCUCGACGACAUAAUCUUCCAGGAUCUAAGCAUAUCCCAGAAACAGGAAUUAGCUAAACAGGAGAUCUUUGGCAACUACACCCUCUCCCACCCCCUCAUCCAGGAAACACCCCUCCACUACGCCGCAUGUCUAAAAUACAUGAAUCUCCGGGAGUGGCGCGCCUACGUAAACGGACGCUCAGAACGGGGCGUCGACGCGCAGAAGACCGCGAGCGUAAUACGAGGCUGGGUGGAGGUAUAUCUGAAAGAGUGCAUCGGGACAAUGGACAUUAUUGCGAAUAAGCUUGGAGAUCUAGGAGAGGAGAACGGAGAUAGUGAUAAGGGAAUAGGAUCAAAAGCAUGGGGAAGAGAGAAGUUACAAAUGUUGCUGGAUAGAUGGGGACAGAUCAGACGGAUAUGUGAGGGCGUCCUUGAAGAAUUGGAAUAGUCUGCAUAUUACAGCUGCAUUGGGGCAGUCAUUUUCAGAUUAAU